AAAAGCAGGCUCGUGCCAAAUGAACUUCACACACUGUCCGAGCUUCACACGCUGCUGAGAGCUCAGGGCACUCGUUGAGAACGUGAUAACGUAGCAUUCACUGACCCAAUAACCAGUCAUUCUCGGCUAACUCUCGACAAGAGAAGGGAGAAGAUAUAGCUUAUGUGCGAGUGUUCUGUUAUUUCUUCACAUUAUCCAGGUCUAGUAUCUGAAGACGACCAUGUCUGUCCCCACCACCAACAAGACGGUCCUUAACAAGUACCUGGACCUCCCACAGCCUGACGAGAAGGUCCAGGUCGAGUAUAUUUGGAUCGAUGGAUCUGGAGAAGGGAUCCGCGCUAAGUGCAGAACUCUCGACUUCAACCCCAAGAGCCCCGAAGAAUGCCCUGUGUGGAACUUCGAUGGUUCAAGCACGGAACAGGCGGAGGGGCGUGACUCGGACCGCUAUCUCCAGCCCGUAGCUAUCUUCAAGGAUCCCUUCAGACGCGGAAACAACAAACUCCUCAUGUGUUCGGUGUACGACCACAAGUUCAAGCCUGUCAAAACCAACCUCCGACACACGUGCAAGGUUGUUAUGGAGAAGGCGAAGGCGGAGGAACCCUGGUUUGGGAUCGAGCAGGAAUACACCCUGUUGGACUAUGACAAGUACCCCUUCGGCUGGCCCAAGAAGGGCUUCCCCGGACCUCAAGGUCCCUACUACUGCGGGGUUGGAGCCAACAAGGUGUACGGCCGUGACAUCGUGGAGGCUCACUACAGGGCGUGUCUGUAUGCGGGGAUCGAGAUCGCAGGGUGUAAUGCAGAGGUCAUGCCGGCUCAGUGGGAGUUCCAAGUGGGGCCCUGUCUGGGUAUAUCCAUGGGAGAUCACCUCUGGGUGGCCAGGUACCUCCUACACAGAGUGGCUGAAGACUUUGGCGUCAUUGUCACCUUUGACCCCAAGCCAAUGAGCGGCGACUGGAACGGUGCAGGCGCUCACACCAACUACAGCACCAAGUCAAUGAGAGAAGAUGGUGGCUUGAAGUUCAUUGAAGACGCCAUUGACAAGAUGGCACCUCGGCACGCCGACCACAUUGUCGUGUACGACCCCAGAGGGGGCAAGGACAACGAGAGACGUCUCACGGGAAAACACGAGACGUCGUCCAUUCAUGACUUCUCUGCAGGUGUGGCUAACCGCGGAGCUAGUGUGAGAAUUCCCCGCCAGGUGGCGGAAGAGGGAAAGGGUUACCUUGAAGACAGACGUCCUUCUUCCAACUGUGACCCCUACGCAGUCACAGAAGCACUUGUGAAAACGACCAUCUUGGACGAACCUUUGUUCUAGAAGGAACGUACUUCUUGUAUAUACCACAUACAUUCAUCGUAUUUGGGAAUACCUGCCUAUGCAUGGUCGUGGAGGCGGACGGUUUCUCUACCAUGUACACGGGAUCACCUGAAUCAUUGGAUAUCUCCCCUGUAUCAAGUUGGGUUAGAAGACGUUAACAUAGGCCGCACAUCUUGUAUAUGUCAGUAGAGUGCUCGGGUGUUGACAGCGGGUGACUGCAACCGUUGAGAUCUGAAACAAGGACGUGGAUUUGAUAAUAUAUUGUAAAUAUUCUAGCCAUGGAAUACGUUUCCGACUGUGCGGGCCCCGUUGCACAAAGUGAUCGUAUGACUUCGCAAGUCUGUGUUAAAGUAUUGAGUUACGAUUGUCUCAGCGUUAAGAUUGUCGUACGUCAAUGUUAAAGUAUUGAGUUACGAUCGUCUUAGCGCUACGAUCGCUUUGUGGAACUGGGCCUUGUCCAAUAUACACGGGAAGUUUAUCAUCUUGCUUUUAGUAAGCAUAGGGGCGGUGGUAACGGCAGCCUAUGCAUUGAGAAGCAAUGACUACUCACCAGACAAAACAUGUUUUAUGACUAUAUAUUUAGAAUGCAUACGUUUCCUUGUUUCCUUGUGAUAACUUUCAUGUUUCAUUACCAUGUUGUUAUGUACAUAGCUACCUUCACUCUGUGUCAUACGAGUCGUAUUGACUCAGUGAACUGUCUUUCACGUUGUAUGUAUUUAUGUGAAUGAAAUAACCAAUGGGGGUAGGGGUGGGGGGAUAUGUGUGACCGCUCGUGUUAUUCCGGAACGUUGUCGGAAAACGCGAGUGAUGACCCAUGUGACAUGUUCUGCCCUCGGUUGCGUCGAUCGAGGAGAAAACUGAAGCCACCUUUAUAGAACUAUGUGCCAAGCUUCCUCUUUUAAUGGACAAGAGAGAUAAGCAGGUACAUCUACAAAAUGCUAACAAGUGUUAAUUCUGAUGAAGUACUGCAAAAUGGCAUCACAAAGACCGAGAACGUUGUCCCCGGGGUUCCAACCCUGGGUAUCCGCAUCAUCAUCAAGUUUUGACGUAAUACGGUUCGAAAUGAAAUUAUCAUGGACGGAUAGUCUAAAGACUUCGAGUCGAUCUAUGGGUAGCUAUUUUCUGCCUGGUAUAAUACUUAGAAGUAAAUGUCACGUCUCACCUUCAUUGUAAAUUCUUCAUUGGGUUCAUUUAUUUAUGCACAUGUACGCAAAAGCCAGUCUAUUUAAUAUCUCAACGAUCAAUGUUUCAGAUAUUUUGCUGACAUUCAGCAAUGUAAUGGACAAUAAAGUCGUUUUGAACAGGAA